CAGUUUCGUGGCAACACGUAAACUAAGUUGAUCCAUCUCAUCCAUUGACAAUGACGGCAACAACUAGUCAAACCAUAGAAACUCAUCAUGAAGACAUGAUUCAUGAUGCCCAGCUAGACUAUUAUUCGCGUCGACUCGCAACUGCUUCAUCAGACCGUACUAUCAAGAUCUUUGACGUUGAUGGCGACAAGCAACAACUAGUGGAGACUUUGAAGGGACAUGAUGGCCCUGUUUGGCAAGUUGCCUGGGCUCACCCUAAGUUUGGCAGCAUCCUCGCUUCUUGCUCCUAUGAUGGCCGCGUCUUUAUAUGGAAGGAACAAAACGGCGCCUGGUCAAAGAUCAAGGAACAUACUGCUCACACUGCCUCAGUGAAUUCGAUCUCUUGGGCUCCACAUGAACUUGGUCCAAUCUUGGCAUGUGCUUCAUCUGAUGGAAAGGUCUCAACUCUCGAGUACAAAGAUGAUGGCUCCUGGGACACGGUCUCCUUCGACGCCCAUACCAUAGGAUGCAAUGCGGUCAGCUGGGCCCCAUCCGCAAUUCCAGGAUCAUUAGUGCAAGUAACAGGCGGUGCACCCAACGUCAAUAUUGUCAAUCGCUUUGCAUCUGCUGGUUGCGAUAAUUUGAUCAAGAUCUGGUCUUGGAAGGAGGACUUGAAUACAUGGAAGGAAGAGGAAACUCUAGAUGGACAUUCAGAUUGGGUUCGUGAUGUCUCUUGGGCUCCUAAUAUCGGCCUUCCCAAGAGCUACCUUGCUAGUUGUUCUCAGGACAAGACUGUGCUUAUCUGGACGCAAGAUACCCCAACCUCAAAAUGGGUGAAGAAGAGUCUCAGACAAGAGAAAUUCCCAGAUGUUGUUUGGCGAGUGAGUUGGUCAUUGUCCGGUAACAUCCUUGCUGUCUCGUCAGGCGAUAACAAGGUGACUUUGUGGAAAGAAAAUCUGUCUGGAGACUGGGAAUGUGUUAGCGAACUAGAGGAAAAUGCCUGAACAAAGUAAUAUUAUGACCAUUGACAAUAAAUGAAUACUUCUGUGGUGUACAAUCUAAAGAUGG